AUGGAUACCAUUAUCAUCGCGGUAUGCUCGUGUGACAAUUCGACGAUUUCAUUCAGAAUAGAACGUCGAUUUUGGAAAAUGACCAACCGCGCACAAGACCAUUACGGUUCUCAUGAGGCGGCAUUGUUCAAUGGGGAAGAGGUGGGCGAACUAGUAUUGGAGGGAGCUCUCCGGUUGGAACAAGAAAUUACAG